AUUUUAUCCAGCAGUACCACUUUUCAAACUUUUUCUCUAUCUCAAGACAGGAGGACAUAAUGCUACUACAAGUGGUAACACUCGUACUUCUCUGGACAGUUUGUGCCGCUAAUGAAGAUUCGACUCAAACGAGAGGAUCUGAGGCGCGAUACCACAUCCGAGGACCGAAGCACCAAGAGGCAGUUGUGGGAGGUGGUAGUUCUAUCACCUGUUCUGUAGCCAAUCCCGAGGAGGAUGACACCUUCAUGAUGGAGAUUAACGGCAACAGCUGGGAUGAGCUUGAGGGAGUCUGGACUGAGGCUGAAUUCUCAAAAGCUGUCUACGACUACGAAAAUGGAACAAUUGAAACUAGAAUUGAAGGGUUCGUGGAAUCGUUCACAAAGGAGCAUGAUAUGGCAGAUAUUAGAUGCUAUUCGCUAAAACACAAAGGAGAAGUGUCCAUGACCAUCAAACUACAAGACAGUUUGACUUUAACCGCAGAUGGGACGUGGUUCGAAUAUCCUUGGCAAGAUGUACCACUUGAAUUGUGGACAUCCUCUGUUGUAGGAAGUGAUGAUGAAAUACACUUUGAGGCCUUCGAAACCGGAAGCUCAGACGCUCAUAUAAUUACAAGAAUGGUCAUUCGGUUCAGCAGAAUCCCGAUCAUCUACGUAGGUAGAUGUAUUAGUGAUACCCCACUGGAAAACUUUCCUUACAGCAAUCAACAGGUCUGGAGAUUCGUUAAAAACGGAUAUCAGGAUCUUACAGUCUUCUGCAACGGAGUACAAGUGGCAUACCUCAACUUUCAUGAAGCUCCUGAUCCAGCUUGCAGUUACAAUUUGGGAGAAUUAGAAGCAAGAUACAUCAAGUUUAAUGCACGGUGGGAUCAUACAGAUAGAGUUACAGGAAUCUGCGAAGCGCCCCUGCCCUAUCAGGGUGUAGCCGCUGUCAGACAACCUCCCGUACUAAAUGGAGAAGAGAUCCCUCUUGCAUGUCCAGAAGGAAAAACACUGCACGGAACUGACCGUGUUAGAUGUUAUUCACCGGAAAUUCAUAGCGGGGAAACUUAUCAUUUUGAAGGAGGCAGGCCUGUGUGUUUUUCAGAACCUGACGUGCGAUACCACAUCCGCGGACCGGGCCGGCACGGAGAAGCAGUUAUCGGAUCUGGUAGUUCUAUCACCUGUUCCGUAGCCGCUCCCGAGGAGGAUGAAACCUUCGGGAUGGAGGUUAACGGCUGGCAUUUUAGUGAUAUUCAUGACUCAGUCUGGACUGAGGCUGGAUUCUCAAGAUCUGUCUACAGACACGAAAAUGGAACAAUUGAAACUAGAAUUGAAGGGUUCGUCGAAUCGUUUACAAAGGAGCAUGAUAUGGCAGAUAUUAGAUGUUAUUCGAGAAAAUACGAAGGAGAAGUAUCCAUGACCAUCAAAACACAAGGUUGGUUACCAGUCGAACGUGAGGUGGAAAUAGAGUGGGAUCUAGAGUCGACACCUUUAGAAAUUAAAACUAAUAGUGUGCUGGGGAGUAACGAUAGGGUGGGAGUGUCCUUCUACUCAGCUGAGGGAGAGAAUAUUGCAGGAACAGUCUGGCUCUUCUUAGGCUCUACUCCACUAUACUACAUCGGAUAUUGCAGCACAUCCUUUACUAACCUCCCUGUUAAUCCCCCCUCUGCUACUGACAAGGUUUGGCGUAUCACUCUAACCAGAACUGCAGGUGUUAGACUAGUGAUACACUGUAACGAGGUGGAGGUGGUCAACACACUGAUCUCUGAAUCAACGUGUGAAAUGAGUUGGUGGAGCAUGUUCUGGAACAAAGACGUGACAAAGAUAAAGUUCGAUUCCGAAGACACAGCCUCUGAUUACUACGGACCACAACCAGAACCUGACGUGCGAUACCACAUCCGCGGACCGGGCCGGCAUGGAGAAGCAGUUAUCGGAACUGGCAGUUCUAUCACCUGUUCCGUAGCCGCUCCCGAGGAGGAUGAAACCUUCGGGAUGGAGGUUAACGGCUGGCAUUUUAGUGAUAUUCAUGACUCAGUCUGGACUGAGGCUGGAUUCUCAAGAUCUGUCUACAGAUACGAAAAUGGAACAAUUGAAACUAGAAUUGAAGGGUUGGUCGAGUCGUUCACAAAGGAGCAUGAUAUGGCAGCUAUAAAAUGUUAUUCUAAUAAAUACGAAGGAGAAGUAUCCAUGACCAUCAAAAUACAAGCUGAACCUGACGUGCGAUACCACAUCCGUGGACCGGGCCGGCACGGAGAAGCAGUUAUCGGAUCUGGUAGUUCUAUCACCUGUUCCGUAGCCGCUCCCGAGGAGGAUGACACCUUCAUGUUGGAGAUUAACGGCAACAACUGGAAUAGCGAUAGUUUUGAGGGAGCCUGGACUGAGGCUGGAUUCGCCAGAAGUGUUUACCAACACAGAAAUGGGACGAUAUCAACUGCCAUUGAGGGGUUCGUUGAAUCGUUCACAGAGGAGCAUGAUAUGGCAGAUAUUAGAUGCUAUUCGAAAAAAUACGAAGGAGAAGUAUCCAUGACCAUCAAACUACAAGAAAGGAAAGAAGUGAACCUACACUUUGGGGGAGUUGAAAUGACAUUGAACCUACCUGAGUUUGAUUGGACAUGGCCCUUUGGUAUUUAAAGAAGACGCUGUAAUAACACACGAAAAAAAACAUAGUUUUAAAGAAAAUAUACUCAAGAGAUUUUAAAAUUUAGUUUGUAGUUCAUUUUUCUCCAAUUUUUCUCCAA